AUGGAAGAACCGACUUUUAUGCGUAUUGUCUUGCAUGUUUUUGGUCUUCGGGCUGAGAUUAUUUCCGCCGAGUUUGUACGCUUCAGUAUGCCCCGACCGAGGGGAAAAUGUCCCUACUUGACACCGCAAUUUAUUCGAGAGGGGGAGCAGGAGCAGCAGCGUUACAUCCCACCGAGCGUGGAUCAACUGCGGCUUGCACUAGUAAGCGAUGCGGAGGAAAUGGGUGAGUGGGGGACGACGGCACCACUUUUACUUGAGAAAACACGACCGUCUUUGAGUGGCAAUGAGAUGAGAAAUGGCAAUGACGUGAAUGACAACCUUCUCUACUUUACGGCAUCGGUACAGGUGCCGGCGUCAAGUGUGAAGGAGCACACUUUACGAUUUCGUCUGGUGAUUGUGGACGAACCGUUGUUGUCUGCGAUUGCUGCGAUGUCGACGACGGCAACUUCGUCUUCCGGUAUGGGUCUUUGCGUCGCGAAAGGCAUUAGGCCUGGUGCCGCCAUUGUUGCUGUGGAGAAUGCCUACUGGCAGCCAGAGACCGUGACACUUGUUCCUUCUGACAGCCAUGAUGGGAAGACCUGGCAUGCAUAUAUUGAUCUGCGGGAUCGUGUGGUGCAUUUUUCUCGCGCCUCAAAGCAGUUUCCAUUUCUCUCUCAGCUAUGUAAAGCCGACAAGACGAACUGUGCGCCCAAAGCGGGGCCGCUUCUUUCGUUGACAUUGUAUGCGAAUGACCCUCGUACACGGUUUGAACGAAAGGCGUGGUUGGAGAGCCUCCCACCACAACUUCGUGAUGCCAUGAUGUACCUGGAAAAUGAGCAUCGGCGUCAAUUAAAUGAAGACAACACGUCUGGUGGGGAACCACUUUCACCCUCGACGAGCUUUGAGGUGGAGGACAUUUAUCCUGUCCGUUGUGAUGGCAGCUGCUGGUGUGAGGGGCACUUACCGACUCCCGCUCCUAUGGAAAAACAGAACAAAUUUUUGAAGCAGGCAACAAAGCGACGUCAGAGGCGAAAGGAGCCCGAAAAUGGCAAUGAAGUGCUGCUGCAUAGCCCACACCGUCACAUACCAUGCAGAGAACCGAUGAAAUUGGAGAGUUCUCCGGUUGAAGCUGUCGCCGAUUAUGCGUCUAGGAACUGUUUACAAUGUAAACGGCAACUGUCUCAGUCGAGUGAAAACACAUCUUCUUUUCGUGAGGAUGCCAUCACUGCCGUGAUGCGUCGUGGCUGGUGUGUGGAGCCGCUUCAUAGCAGUGAUCCUGUACGUCCCUUCAGUCCGGGCGAUCCACAAUUCACAAUGCGUGUUUGGCAUUCCACGGUUAAUGUGGCGCCGUUAAAAGAACGUGGGCUGCAAAUAGAGGCAAUGAUGCCUAUACCUAUUUAUGAUAUGAACAGAAGGAAGGAUAGCAUGAUUUCAAACAAAGUGGCAUUUUCAUUAACUCCUACCGAUUCUUCUUCAACCAUCUUAUUUUCGGAAAGCCAUCAAUAUGACAACACGAAUGAUGGUGAGAGGGUCGAGUGGAGUGCCAGUCACAAUAGCAAUGAAACUAGUAACUUUACUCCUAGUGGCUAUUCGACGACAGUGGUCGGUGUGCGAUGGGUGAAGGGGGUUGCCGUACUGCAGCCUCCUUUAUUUAAACAUCAUACAAGUGGCACCCUUGCGAUUCCUCUUUGUUUUAUGGAAAUAACAGAAGCCGGUGGCUCUCCUGUGGCACACUGGCACACGAUUUACGUGCAGUAUCUUUUUGUCUUUCCAUUUCAUUAUCAACAACGUUGUACGCUUGAGGUUGUUCGUUCACUUUCUUCAUUGGGUCGUUUGGCGACAAAAAAACUUGUUGGCCAUCGUGGACUUGGAAAAACUUACACACGUAGUAUUCCUCUCGAGGCAUCGGAUGAAACCUCUUCUUCGUCAACGGCAACUAAGCGUAUGAAGCCAAAUCGACUUACCGUGAAACUUGCGGAGAAUAGUUUAGAGUCGAUCAAUGCGGCUCAUCGACGUGGCUGCGAUAUGGUGGAGUUUGACGUCAUGCUCACACGGGAUCGCAUCCCCGUCAUAUUUCACGACCCGCUUAUUCAACUGCAGGCAAGUAAGAAGAGGGGUGCCGGAACCCGUAAUGGCCGUGUGGAGCGAAAAGUAUCAAGCGGCCUCCCUCCCUUGGAUUUUGGCUGCAGUCCCGUAUUUAUGGAUAAUUUACCCUUAAACCCCCAAAUACAACUGUCGGCUCAUUCGCCUGCCUUUUUGGCGCCCGCUUCGCCUUCUUUUGCGACGUUUUCUGAACGAAGACCCUCGCAGUUGCUUCAGCUUUGCAUGCAUUCCCUCCCCAACUUUACCUCCGUGCCUAUUGCUUUGCAUCAAUUGACAAAGCGUCAAUUGGAUGUGGUGACAACAGAGACUUUUACACACAUGAAGGAUACAAACACCUUGCGUAAUUUGAUUUUACGACAUUGGAAUCAAAUUCUUCGUGUCUACCGCAAUCGUACACGACGAAAAUAUUUACAGAUACAUAAGAUUCGACCUCCAGAAGGGGAAGAUGAGUUUAGUGGUUGUUUGCCAAAUGAAUUAGAUGCCUCUUGCCAUGAGCACCAGAAGGAUGACGAAUACAAUAAAUUUCUUCAUCAUCGGCAACGGAUUUUGGCUCAGCAGGAGGAUGUCACGAAUCAUAUUUGUACACUGGAAGAUCUUUUUGAAGGUACCCCGGCGAGUCUACGUUUUGAUCUUGAGGUAAAGUUUCCCUUUCAACCCAUUGGGGAUAAAAAUUUAUUUUUUCAAAUUGAUGCCUUUGAGGUGAAUGCGUUUGUAGAUGACAUUCUGCGCGUUGUUUUUGCCUACGCGGAUCAGCGGCAAAGUGUUCAGGAUGAACGGGGUUGUGUGACAGACCGGCCCCGUGAUGUCAUUUUCAGUAGUUUUGAACCGGAUAUUUGUUUGGCGUUAAAGAUGAAACAAAGUCGUUUUGAUGUUGUGUUUUUGUGCGAUACGGAGAUGUCGGAGGACUUUAAGGAUUACCGUUGUUUUGGACUUGUAGAAGGGGCACUGCAAUUCUCUGUCUUUAUGCAUCUUUCCGGUGUUUCUAUCCUUGCUGCAUCGUUAUGUACAAAGGAACAGAUGAAAAUUCCUAGUACCCGUAGUGUUUCCCGUUUACCACGGCAGCCCACAUCUUUGGAGGUUGAGAUUCAGCAGGAAGACCGGCUUCAAAAAAACACAAUGGACAUUCGAAAUGGAAAUUAUGAUCCUUAUACAAAUACCCAUACCAUUGACGAUGUUCCCGAUGGCCGUAGCAGUCUUGUUCAACGUGAGGCAGAAUGGGCUUCGUUUGAUUGUUCACGUGGCAAAGCUAUUGCCGCAUAUGCGCAUGCGCAUAAACAACUUAUAUGGACAUGGGGUGAAAUGAAUAAUGAUGGACAAUUUACAUAUGUGCAGUCAAAGGUAUUUAAAAUUGAUGCCAUUAUCACCGACAAUGUACCAUUAUGGACUUCCUUACAGGAGGCAGACACACAUGACACCACAGUCUCCACAUGA